AUGUUACUGCAAUAUGUGUCAUUAGCACGUCCUGGAGGGGAGGUGGAUGAUUGGGAGGAACAUUAUGUGGGAAUAUUUGUUGAUCGCGAUAUGUUUAUGCGAUAUAACCCCUUUGGUGUUGGACAUCCGGUCAGCAUUCGGAAGAUAACUAGAGAUUGUCUUGGCUCGGGGGCACCAGCUGACGCCAUGGAUGUUGUAAACGAUGAUGCAGACCACGAGGAGGUCGAUGAUGGUGAGGGCCUCGGGGAAUUCAAUGAUGAGCAGGAGGGUGAUUAUGCGUUUAGCGACGAGGAGUUGGAAGAUGAAGAUGGGGAAGAUAACGAAGAUGGGGGAGAUAACGAAGAUGAAGGAGGUGACGGUAACGAGUUUGAUGACUUGUCUUUUUGA